GGGGGCAAACAACGGGAAGCAGAAGCAGUGAUGGGAUAUGCGUAGAAUUUGCUGCGGCAGACCGAGGAGGUUUCGAACAACCCCGCCUGAAGAGGAGCUGGCGGAGGCGGCAAUCAGCGAGGUGGGUCGGCAUGGAGGAGAGCGGAUAAUCUUGGCAAACCCGGCCCCCGCUCGUUCAGGAAGGAGGACUUGAAACGGAAGGUUCAUUGAAGCUAUUGCGUCGAAACCUGCGACACCCAGGAUUGUGACCGGGUCAUAUCAUAUGGUGUGAUCCCUCUUUCCCCGGCCAAGACGGUGAAGUAGCCUGGCUGAGGGAAUAAAUGCGAUCGCCCAGUGCGGAGCAAAAGCCGUGGCUUCUUGUGAGGCAGGGCCAGGACGAUACGCGGAGGACGAGUAGGCCUGACGGGAGUUGUCAGCGUUGACGCUUGGAGACGUGGCCGAUGCCAGCUCUUGGACAGCUAGGGGCCCUUGUCCUCACUCAGCGUGUCGAACGUGGAGGAGGCUGUGCAGGAGGAGCGGCAGGAGGCAGGAAUGCGGAAGGAGGACCUCGACGAACCAGCGGGAACGCGGGAGAUGUCGCUGUGAUCGAUUAGAAAGGAUAAACGCUUCAUCUUCUCCCAAGCUCUGGAACUCAAUUUCCGUCGUCGUUGUCUUUCGGUUUGUUCUCUCGCGGUUUGUUCUGUCGACCACUCUAUCAGACAGACAGAUGACGGUGGAUGGCAAUGCUUGUCUCGCUGCUGAAUCUACGGUGGACGGCAAUGCGAGUGUCGCUGAAUCUCUAUUCCGUUUGAUAAGACUUCUGCCCAAGAAGGUCCAGAUGGGUAUAGCCUUGUUUAUUUGGGUGGGCGGUUUCCAUGUGAACUUACUCUUCUCCCUCCUGAUUCUAUGCAACCUCCCGGGUCCGGUAGGCAUCGCCUUGCUCUGCGUGUACCUGACAUUGGCGUUCAUUCCUGUGAAGGAGGACUCCAGUUGGGGAAGAGAGCUUUGUCGCUUCGCUUGCUCCACCGUCGUCGACUACUUUCCCAUCUCUUUGAAGUUUGAGGAAAGAGACAGUCUCGACCCGGGCCGAGCUUACGUCAUUGGACUCGAGCCGCAUUCCGUUUUGCCGCUAAGUGCUGUGGUCCUGAGCCCUCUGGUGAUGAAGACACCGUUUCCGAGGAUCAAGAUGCUGGGAUCCUCCGCGCUCAAGCAUGUGCCCUUCGCCCGUCACGUGUGGACAUGGAUGGGUGUGGCUGACGUGUCGAAGUCGUCCUUUGACGACCUCCUGCGGAGAGGUUGGUCGUGCGUUGUCGUUCCCGGCGGAGUGCAAGAAUGUCUGUACAUGGAGAAAGACAAGGAGGUGAUUUUCUUGAAGCAGCGGCGAGGAUUUGUCAGAAUGGCGAUGGCAACGGGAUCACCGCUAGUCCCUGUGUUCGGAUUCGGACAGAGCCACACGUAUUACUUUUGGCUUCCAAAAGGACAGUGGUUUAGGAAGCUGUCGAGGAUGAUACAUUAUGUCCCUAUGCUGUAUUGGGGCAUCAAAGGAUCUCCAGUGCCUGUGCCAGGGAGGAUGUUAGUCGUCGUCGGGAGGCCCAUUGAAGUGCCUUGUGUGAAAAACCCGACACCUCAGCAGGUCUCCGAGGUGCACGACAAAUUCGUCAAGGCCAUGGAAGAUAUUUAUGAACGGCACAAGAGGGAAGGGGGAAUGGAAGGGGUACCCCUCGUCAUCAAGUGACUGUCCUAGGGAGCUUUGGCAAGUUCUCGUCGAGAUGGCCGGUGGAAUGCCUCGUAUGAGCUAUGUAUCCUACGACUGACG